ACUGCUCUUCUUGUCACGGCUGGUCGCCAUAUUAAACCUGACGGAAUCGGCGACGCUCCGCGGUAGAGAUCGCGAGGGGCCCCUCUCCAAAACAAACCCCGAUUUGCACCUUCAUUCCCCUAAUUCACCCCAGGAAUCAUUUAUGCAUCGGACUGAAUAAGUCAGUCUUUUCUCAGACAGGAGCUGUCUGGGAAGGAGGUUUAGAUUCAGUGUUUGAGAGAUGAGUACUUUGACCCAGCGGAGCUCCGGCCUGGUGCAAAGACGCACCGAGGCUUCGCGCAGCGCUGCGGCCGCAGACAGAGACCGCGGAUCCGGCGACGAGGACUACGAGCCCCGCCGGGGAGACGAGCCGGACGAAGAUGACACCGGUGAUUCCAAGGAAACCAGACUGACCCUGAUGGAGGAAGUACUGCUGCUGGGCUUGAAAGACCGCGAGGGCUACACCUCCUUUUGGAAUGACUGCAUUUCAUCAGGCCUGCGGGGCUGCAUGCUCAUUGAGCUGGCCUUGAGAGGGAGAUUGCAGCUGGAGGCCUGUGGCAUGAGGAGGAAAAGCCUACUUGCCCGGAAGGUUAUAUGUAAGUCUGAUGCUCCGACGGGGGAUGUGCUGUUGGAUGAGGCUCUGAAACACAUAAAAGACACUCAACCGCCCGAAACCGUGCAGAGCUGGAUAGAGUUACUCAGUGGUGAGACAUGGAACCCAUUGAAGCUUCACUAUCAGCUGCGUAACGUUCGAGAGCGCCUGGCUAAGAACCUGGUAGAGAAGGGCGUCCUCACCACCGAGAAACAAAACUUUCUUCUAUUCGACAUGACUACACACCCCCUUACCAAUAAUAAUAUUAAGCAGCGCAUUAUUAAGAAGGUGCAGGAGGCCGUAUUGGACAAGUGGGUGAAUGACCCUCACCGAAUGGACAAGCGUAUUCUGGCCCUUAUAUUCCUCGCCCAUUCCUCUGACGUACUAGAGAACGCGUUCGCCCCACUGCUGGAUGACCAGUAUGAUCUGGCCAUGAAGAGAGUACGGCAGCUGCUGGACCUGGAGCCUGAGGGCGAGAGCAUGAAGAACAACACCAAUGAUCUGCUGUGGGCCGUGGUGGCCGCCUUCACCAAAUGAAGCAGUUCACAUGUAAGAUCAGCUUUGAGAAUCGGUAGACCUGGUGUGUCCAAAUGGAGUCCUUGUAGAUAUUCCUUCCUCGCUAAUCUCUCUACAAGAUCUUUGAUUGGAUUUCUCUGUUUUCUGAUAAGGGGACCACUUUAUUUUGUCCUUGUUGAAUAAUUUGGUCAGUUGAAUCAUGCAUUUGGCAACCUUCCCACCGUGGACUGUUGGAGCGUUUACCAUUUGCAUCGGCACACAAAAUGUGUUUAUUUUUUUUUAUUUUUAUUUUUUUGUCUGGACAUCUGUGUUGGGUGCCUAGCAGAUUUUACAAUUGGAGAAUUAAGCAAGGAUAUAUUUUUUCCCCUUGAUUUGUUAUCAGUUUUGUGCAUUUAAUUAAAACGGAUGAAUCUGCAUAUGGUACGACUCAACAGCUGCUCAAGAAAUAAAGUACACUGCAGUGUAUUGUCAUUUUAUUUUUAUUUUUUUAUUAAAUUUGUCUUUAUUCUAAUAAUGAAGCCUGAAAAGAAACCAAAAAGGACAGAUUAGUUUUUUGUGGCAAGUGUUAGUGUUAAAAGAUUGUCACAUUCACACUACUGAAACAAAAGAAUCAAACAGCAUUUUGAUUGCUAGUAAAUGCAAAUUUAGGGAAUGGAAAAUCUUUUUAUUAUUCUUUUGAUUAUUUUUUGAUUCCUGCCAUUCCCACCGAUUCCCUCGAUUCUUUCUGUUCUGUUCCGUAACACCCCACAACUUCAAACUCUACCUCUUCACACAUUUAUUGUGGUGAUUCGGAUUGAUUUCAGUGUGUUUCUAUGUGCCUGAGAUUGGUUACAGGAUGCAUAGCUCUCAAGGUGCAGUAUGUUCUGUAGCUCUUGGUGACGUGGCAUUAAUGGAGCUAGAUUCAGAAAUUGGUUGUAUAUUCCUCGGUGGCCUCAAACACUAAUCAUGCUACCAGAAACUCAAUUUGACAACCACAAGAGUUGGUUUAAUUCUUAGAAGCCCGUGCUCCCAAAAAAUAAAGAUAUAUAAGGCAUACAGCUUCAUUUUCUUUAGACAUUUUCCCACUGACAUAUAAAAGUGCUCAAGGUUUAAGGGAAGUUUUAUAGUGGAGUGAGUGUACUCUCACUUCUAAACAAACAUGGGAUUUAAAAAUAAUUCAUAACUUUCAAAAAUGUGACUUUUAUAAGUAAGAGCAGAUUCCUCCAUUUUUUCAAGUCAGUAUAUUUUUGAUAUUAUUUUAUUAUAAUUAGCUGAUUGGAGAUACUGUAGGAUGGAUUGGCAUUCGGUCACAAUCUAGUUGAAUCUGUAUAGUUUCAUACUGCAUACCAUAUGAGCAAACUGCAUCAAUCUUUAUUUUGCCUGGCAUGUAAAAGCUAGCACAAGCAUGUCUUAAUUUAGUUUUCUUACACAAGCCUUUGUUCAGUCAUCAUAUUUCAAUGUUUAGUUACUGUCAUUAUGUUGAUUUGUAUUCCUUUUUAUAGCAAUAAUUAAAAAAUCAAGAUGCUUUUGUUGUGCUGUUUGUUUCGUUCAGAAUGAUGGUGAAUGCUUGCUUCACAAUGGUUAAUUGUAUGUAGCGAUGGUCUGGGAAAUCCACCAAUUGUUUCAAAGAGUCGACUUAAGACAUGGGGGAUUUUUUGAAAGUGUCUGAAAAGUGUCUCAGAGGGAAAGAAAAUUAAAAUUGUGUGUGUAGCUUUAGGACUCACUAUAAAGGGACCCCAAUGUAUAUACUUUCUUAUUCCCAUGAAAUAAACUACGGUCUUGAAAGUGCCUCAAA